CAACGAUCAGAUUAAGAUUACUUUAGAACUAUGUUUUUAUGUCCUGUAUUUUUAUUUUCUUCUCUUCAGUAUUUACUUGGAAAAGGAACACUGAUUCUAAGUGAUGUGUCUACACAGAUUUCCCUCAGUCAGAACACAAGCGAAGAGAGAAGAUGUACCCUUUGUUAUUUCGCAUAUGAAUAUAUACAUCAAAUAUAAGAUCACAACGCACCAAAAAUAAAUCUCAAUAUGCACACAAGUUAGUCGUUUAUGGUAUGAAACUAAGUAGCAGACAUAAUAAUUAGUCAACCGUAUUUUAUGAACAGUUAGAGAUAUAUCAACAGUUAGUAAGUCUAGUUGUAUCUACUCAAUUAUAUUGCUCUUUAACACUUUAUUACUACCGUACAUGAUAGCUAACCCAGUUGCCUAAAUAUACAUAUACGAAUUCUUAUCUAACCCAUUCAUUCUUGAUUAUCGACUUAAAAAUAUCGCACAUACAAAUAAUAUAUAUAACAUUCUCCAGUGGUUACCUCAAUUUAAAGGUACUACAAAAUUGACCACACUGUGUUGAGUUACUAUUUUACAGGAUAAUAUCAACUGGGAUCCUGCUGAAAACCAGGGGAAACUGAACGAUGGUUUCUUUUUCGCCUUGCUCAACCCAAAUCCACAACUUUCACAAAAUCAAGCUGAUGACCUUCGAACUCAUAGUGGCAGCGUUUAAUCUAGAUCACUGCGUCAUUAAUUCAUAUUUUCAAAUGGAAUCAAUCUCUGACUCCAAAGGCCAAUCGUCUAACGUCGUCUGUGUAAUCCAUCUAAUUCUCAAAAUGACGUAACUGCACUACUGAACGUCAUACUCUAAGAUUUUCUAGAAAGUCAUUUACAUUCCAAAGUAUCAAGAAAAUGUAAAUCAAAGGACGGUUUGUGUUUCUCAAAUCUUCUGACCUAUGUCUACCCCACAUACAGAAGUGAACUCUGGACAAGCUGAAUUAGCCCCUAUUAGUACAGUCGGGACUGAUAUGUCAAGUAAUACAUUAUCGAUUGGUGUCCCUCUUCACACUCUUGGUCCCAUUGAAGGGCAAGAUGGACUUAGUUUGACUAGACAAGAAAUAAAUCGACUCAUCUUGGAGUAUUUAGUUGUCGAAGGCUACAAAGAUGUCGCUGAAAAAUUCAGUCGUGAAACGGGAAUUGUAGAGCCUUUAAAUGAGUUGCAAGUUGCAGGUGCAAGUUUAAAUGAUCGCAUGUGGAUUCGCGAAGCAGUUUUGUUACGAAAAAUCGAAGACGUUAUUGAUACGGUGAAUCGACUAUGGCCUGAACUCUUUGACAAAAACCCUUUUAUCUACUUUCAGCUUCGACAGCUGCAAAUGCUAGAACUUAUUCGGAACAAACGUUUAGAAGAAGCCCUUAUAUUUGCCCAGUCGUAUUUAGCGGAUCCAGUAGCCAAACGGUUAUCAGAACAUCCUCAAUUAUUAAAUGAAAUGCAGAAUACUAUGGCACUGUUAGCUUUUGACAAUCCUGCUGAAAGUAUUUACGGCAAGCUGCUUAGUCCUCAACACGCUGAAGUGGUUGCAGGAGCACUAAAUCGAGCUAUACUUCGACAUAUCGAAUCAUCAGGAGACGAAAUCGAUACUUCAGAAGAGGGUAAAGGCUCUGUGACUGCAAACUCUAUGGGUUAUUCCGGUGUUUCAUCCACUGUACCACGAUUGACAAAAAUGAUGGCACUGUUACUACAUUUCCGUGAUUUAUCACAGCUUGAACUUCCACCCGAAUUAGCCUCACUAUAGAUUAGUUGUUGAAAAGUGGAAUAAACUCGUUAUUAUUCUCAUCUUUUAUGUUUCGUAACUUCAACUGAUUAUUUUUCGUUAAAGGCAGCAUGAUGGUUGAUUUCAUGACAUUUUGACUAAUAUACAUGUACAAAUUAUAUAACAAGCAAGAUUGUGUAUUAAUAAUAUUAGCCAAAAAUUUCAGGUAGUUCGCCCAUUUUGGGAGACUUGUUUUACACUUAUGUGACUUUUUGAUCAGUAUACAGCAUUAAAGAGUUUGGUUAAUUCUUAUACACAUGUAAUUUUUUUCCUUACCCUUGUUUCCCUCAAAAAUAAAUCGUUUUAAAUAUGUCUC